AUGAUGCACAUGACCUUUUACUGGAGCCGGAAGGUCAAUCUCCUGAUCGAUUCAUGGAAGACCAACGAUUGGACCGAUUAUCUCAUCACUCUCCUCGUAUGCCUCGUGGUUUCCGUGUUCUAUCAGUUCCUCGAGAAUCGCCGUAUUCGCCUCAAACUCAUCGGCUCCGGAAGGCCCUUCCCGCCGGAGAUCGAGACCCCUCUGUUGCGGCGAAAGCUCACCGGAAACCGCGCAAAGUUGGGCGUGAAGGUCGCCGGAGCGUUUCUCUUUGGGCUUAGCUCGGCGAUCGGGUAUUUGUUGAUGUUGUCGGUUAUGUCCUUCAACGGAGGGGUAUUCGUGGCCAUUGUCGUGGGUCUCGCUGUAGGUUACUUCUUCUUCAGGAACGAGGGCGAAGAUUCCCUUAUCGUUGACACUUCUUGCGCCUGUGCUUAA